ACACAACUAAACAGCACUUGUGUAGCUUCAUUAGACAUGGAACUCUUUCUGCACUACUCCCUCAUUCCAUCAUUUCUCAUAAUUAUGGUUCUGUCCUUCCUCCAAAGAAGAGUUCAUCACAAGCAGUUAGAUGACCAGUCCUACCUCCUUGGUAGCCGUUUCGGGAUUGUAAUGCCCCUGGAUUUCAUUGGAACAUUUAAUAAUCGAUGGUCAUAUGGAAUUGCAUUUGGAGCUACAGCAAAUAAAGUCAUGUUUUUAUUUUCUGAAGGCUACCAACCUCUUCAAGUACCACAAUGGGCACAAGCUAUCGUGCUACUAAUAGGAGGCAUUGAGGUGGGCCUCUCACAUUUUCCUUUUUUUGCCUGCCUUUCAUCAGAUUUUCGACUGACAAGCUCCAUCCUUGGAUUUGCUUAUUCUUUAAUAUGGUUUUCCAUCACAGUCUUACAUAUUGUGCAGUGUCCACAUGGACAGCUAAUUGGGGCAUAUGAAACAGUUAUUUUUUAUUGGCCUUCCUUGCUGUGUCUGGCUUUCCUCUUAGGACGUUUUGUAUACAUGUUUGCAAAAGCUUUGAAGAUUCAUCUAGGUUUGGAGGUUCAAAAGGAAGAAAGCUCUUUUCUAGAAGUCCAUCAAGCUGAACACGUGAAACAACUCAUGAGGAAACCCCCAGAACAGGAGGAAGAAAAAUCCUGGUUCCAACGUAGGAUCUAUGAAUGGGAUCCAUAUUUUCAAUUCCCAAGUCGAAUGAUUGGUUCUACCGUGCUAGCUUUCAUCUGCUUAUAUCUUUUCAUUAUAAUUGAAUUUUGCAUAUACACAUACUUUGUACGAGAGCUAGAUGUGUUUGAGCAGGGACUGGAGAGCUAUAUUGCUUCAGUUAAUGAGACAGGAGUACUGACACCAGCUAUUCUACGGAUAAAGGAGCUGAUUAACGUGGCAAAAGGUGUUUGGACUCUGACCAUAUUUUCUGCCUCUCUCACUUGCAUAAGCUAUUUAUUUCACAUUUUAGCCUGCUACAGAAAACAUAUAAAAAGGCUAUGGGCAGGAGAGAAAAGCUUUAUUCCUUUGAAGUUUCACAAUCCUUCCUCUUCUAAUAGUGUGGUGGCCAUAGCAAGAUACUCCGGUUGGCAAAUAGCAUAUAUUUUGUGGGGUUACCUCAUCAUCCAUGUGGUCCAAUGUCUCUUUGGUCUCAUGAUAAUGUAUGGCUUAGUUUUGCCAGUAAUUCACAAUCAAGGACUGGAAAUGCUGAAAGAUUUGGGCAUUGGAAUGCUCACCAUUUCUAUUGUUGUGGGACUCAUGAUUUUGCAACUAAAGAUAGCAGCCAGAUUUUUCCUCCAACCAAAAAUUAAACCUGGAGAUAAGCAAAAACCAUUAGCUCUAAAUAAUAGGAAAGCAUUUCACAACUUCAAUUAUUUUCUGUUUUUCUACAAUGUGCUUCUGGGCCUGGGAGCUUGUUUGUUCAGACUAUUUGUCAGCUGUAUCCUGGGAACCUGGUUAAUAGCACGCAUAGACAGGACUAUCAUGCAGAAUGGUUAUGAAGGUGCAGAUAUGGGAUUCCAAGCCUGGAUUGGCAUGCUGUUUGUGGACCACUAUCAUACCAACCCUGUACUUGUUGGUUUUUGUCAUAUCUUGCUGAUGGGCAGCAAUGAGAGGAAACUACAGAAGUCUCUCUCCUACUGGCACUUAAAUAAUUCUACAGGUUCUAGAAUUUCAAUAAAGUCCAGAACAAGAUGGUUCUUAUUAUAUACCCUUUUAAAAAACCCUAGACUUACCUCACUCAGAAAACCUAAAUCAGCCUUGGGUAUCAGGGUUGCUACACAGACAAAUUCUGUUGACAUACUGUAAAACUGGUACCGACAUUGGAUUUUUUGGACAGAGGACAAUGCAUCAACUUUCUGGAGUUUUCUAAAAAGAGUUCAGAAUGAUGGGAUGCUACCAGAACACAUGUAACUAGAUUAUCUCUGGUAAAAGCAAGGAUGGUGAUUGGCUAUAUUCUUUCAUGCCUAUUCUAUUUGGCCAAGUGGUUAAAAGUUUUAGUGCUACUUCAUCAUAUUAAAAAUCUAAAGGAAUUUUGAGCCGUUUAAAUCC